AUGUCUUCUUCCAGCUUGACCUCGUCCAUGAGCUCCAGCAAGUUCAGAAAAGUGGUUCAGAGCUUGUCGAAGACCACAGACGCAGAGCACUCCGGGGUCGAGCGUAAAACCACAAUGGAGUCCUUCAGCCAGGUUCAGAAACCCCCCGAUAUUCCAGAGGGAGAAUCCGUCCCAGAUUUCGAGGAGAAGCUACGCCCCAUCACUGCCCAAGAAGGUGACAAGGCAGUGUUUAAGACGAAGGUGACAGGGAAUCCUCAGCCCAGUGUUUGCUGGGAGCGGGAUAACGGAAGUCCACUGCCUGAUUCCACUACAUCUUUCUAUGACAACAUUACCAAUCAACAUAUUAUUAAGUUUAAAAACCUGAGCCUGGAAGAUGCGGAUGUCUACAAGUGCAUUGCCUUCAACAAGCAUGGAGAAGCUACCCUCUCUGUUUCCCUCGCUGUUACAGAAAAUCCGGCGAUGGACUUCAAAAAGAUGCUGAAGAAACGCAGUGUGGAGAAGAAAGAGGAGAAGAAGCCACCUACAGAGGAGGAGAUGUUAAAGAUCCUGGCUGGAGCUGACAGGAAGGACUACGAGAGGAUCUGUGCCGAGCACGGCUUCACCGACUUCAGAGGCAUCCUCAAGAAGCUGAAGGAAAUGAAGAAGAAAGCGGAGGUGGAGAUGGUGCGUGUGCUGAAACCUCUGGAAGACAUCAGUGUCAGAGCUGACAGCAACGUCAUCUUUGACACCAUCCUGGAACUGAAAGAUCCAAACAUCAGGAUGCACUGGUUCCUGGGCACAGAGCUGCUAAGAAUCCAGUACUCUCAAGGGAAAUACGAAGUGAAACAGAUGGGAACCAAGCACAUGUUAUGCAUCUCUAGUGUGCGCCUCAGUGACAUGGGCACCUACAGUCUGCAGGUUGGAGACAAGAGACUGUCAGCCCGGCUUAACGUCAUAGACGAACCUCUUAAAUUCGUGUCUGACUUCAAGCCGAAGAAAGUGACGGAGCGACAGACUGCCGUGUUUGAGGUCCGUCUUUCGAAGAAGACAGACGCACCUCUUGUCUGGAAGGUGAAAGGAAAGGAAGUAAAAAGAGAUGAGAAGUUUGAUGUGUCUCUGUCUGAAGACGGUCUGACCUACACCUUGAAGAUUAAAGACGUGAAAGUCAGUGACACCGGAGAUUACACCAUCAGCAUCGGAGACCUCACCGCCACCAUGCCUCUCUUCAUUGAACGGAUUCCCAUCAAGUUCACCAGCAACUUGAAGAAUGUCCGUGUGCAGGAGAGAGGCAACGCUCGCCUGGAGUGUGAGAUGAGCUCCAAGGACGUGCACCUUCGUUGGCUGAAGGAUGGGAGUGAUAUCACGGGAGAUCGUCGCUACAUCUUCAUGCGGGAGGGCAAGAGGGCAGAGGUCAUCCUGGAGGACACUCAGCUGGCAGAUGAAGGAGAAUACUCUGUAAUCUGCACCCAGGACAAUGAUGAACAGCAAUAUGUCACUUCUGCUAAUCUCACUGUAGAUGAGCGGUUUGCCUCAGUGAAGAGUGGUAUGUCGGAUGCUCAGUGUGCCACUGGCUCUCCCGCAGAGCUGUGUGUCGUCCUUGAUGAUGAGAAGGUGGAUGGAGUGUGGCUGAAGGAUGGAGUGGAGAUCUCUCAGCUGAGCGGGGUUCAGGUGGGCAAACAGGGAGCCGUCCACAAACUCGUCUUUUCUCGUGUGACCGAAACCCACGAGGGCCAGUACACCUUCAGAGCCAAAGGAGCAGAGAGUGAGGCUGUGCUCAGCAUUGCAGACCCUCCAGAGAUUGAUCCCUCUGUGCUGGAUUUGCUGGGGGCCCAACCUGUGACGGUAAAGGCAGGCCAGACAGCCACCAUCAAGAUUCCCUUCAAAGGCAAACCGCCUCCUAAGGUCACCUGGUACAAGGACGGAGUGGAGGUGAUUGAGGAUGAGAGGACGAAGGUGGAGCGGACAGCUGAUGGAACAGCGCUGGUGCUCAACAGAUGUGUGCGAGAAGACAGCGGCGCAAUUCUGCUCCGUCUAAAAAGUGACUGUGGCACUGCCAUCGCCAACCUGCAGCUCAGUGUGAUCGACCAUCCAAAGCCUCCUCAGGGCAAAGUUGAGUUCCCUGAGCUGUCAGGACGGUGUAUCAGGAUGAAGUGGAAGGCUCCUCGUGACGACGGAGGUAAACAGGUCACCAGCUUCGUGAUCGAAAGGCGUCCAGCAGGAAAGAAGUCCUGGACCAGGGUGGGAGAGGUGGACGGCAGCACCACCGUGUUCAGUGAUGACAAAGUAGAAGAAGGCCAGGCAUACCAGUUUCGUAUCAGGGCUGUGAAUGCAGAGGGACUGAGUGAGCCUCUGGAGACGGAGGAGGUCCGUGCAGGAGAGCCCAUAGAGCCUCCAGGCGCAGCAUCCCAGCCUCAGGUGUCCAGCAUAACCCAGAGCAGCAUGACGGUGAGCUGGACGCCUCCAGCUGAUGACGGAGGAGCCCCGCUUCUGGGCUACAUCCUGGAGAGGAAGAAGAAAGGAGGCAACAUGUGGCUGCAAGUCAAUAAGGAGCUUCUCACAGAUACAAGCUUCACGGUGGACGGCUUAGUGGAUGAAGUGGAGUAUGAGUUCAGAGUGACCGGUGUAAACAGGGCUGGCACAGGAAGUCCCAGCACCGUUUCUAACGCUGUACUGGCUAAAGACCCAAUACGAGCUCCUGGUCUGGUAAGAAACCUCUGUGUGUCUGAUUCCACGAACUCUUCCAUUUCGCUGAGGUGGACUCCACCAGAGGAAGGAGACGAGCCCUCAGGUUACAUCCUGGAGCUCCGGCCUGAAGGAAUGAAAGAGUGGAUAAAAGCCACUAAGAUCCCCAUCACUGGUGCUGCCUUCACAGUGGCCGGACUUCAGGAACGGAUGAAGUAUUACUUUCGUAUCUGGGCUGUUAAUAAAGGAGGGGUGGGGGGGCCUGCGGAGCUUUCGGAGGGUGUCUUGGCCAUGCCUCCACCUGCUGCACCCAGGUUUGAUAUCCAGGGAAAGCUGAAAAACCGUACGGUUGUCCGAGCUGGAACGACACUUUGCCUUAACCUCAGCUUCACUGCUUCACCUCCCCCUGUGGUGACCUGGUACAAGGACAACAUUCCCACUACAGGGAAAGAGGUCAUCACAAAGGGCAAGAACCACUCCCAGUUCCUCAUUUCUUCCGCUCGACGAGCUGACUCAGGGGUCUACCGUGUUCACCUGAAGAAUGACUAUGGAGAGGCUCAUUAUGAUGUCAAUGUCAGGGUUACAGACUUUCCUCGACCUCCAAAGAACCUCCUUCUGGAAGAGGAGGUCCCGGGUACGGUGACUCUGCAGUGGGAUCACACCCCAGACCUGGAUGACGAUGAUGACGGAGCUCAUUAUGUCAUCCUCAAACGAGACACAAGUACUGCCUCCUGGUUCACUGUGGCCGAGUCUGUCUUCAGCAGCAAGUACACUGUGACUGGACUUCUUCCAGGGAGAAAAUACUACUUCCGGGUCAUUGCACAGAACUCUAUCGGUGACAGCGAUCCAUUAGAUUCAAAGGAACCCUUCAUCAUCGCCAAGGAGGAAAAGAGCAUCAGUAGCCUUUGGGUGAAGGAAUGUGGAUCACCACCACGUCAGGUGAAGCCAACUUUCCUGCUGCCGCUGAAGGACCAUGCUGUUCGCAGAGGACGUGACUGCACCAUGAGCUGUGCCUAUCAGGGAUUACCAACACCGCAGGCCUGCUGGUAUAAAGGAAAAUCCAAGAUCUCUGACUUCCCUCGGUUUUGGCACAGCACGGCCAAUGGAGUGUGUACGCUGGUUAUCCCCACAUGUGGAGCCAAAGAUGGAGGAGAAUACACUCUGGUGCUGGAGAACCCUCUGGGCACGGCCAAGUGCUCCUGCAAGCUGCUCAUAUAUGAUAAGGAUGACAAGGGUCUGCUGGAGAGCCUGACCAAUCAGGGAAACAAAGAGAAGCUGAUUUUGUAAAACAAUUGCAAGAACUGCAGAUGAGUCACUCAUUUCCUGUUUCAGUUAAUGUUGCCACUUAAAAUAAUUUUGGCUACAUCCUUGAUUUUCUUUGCUUUCUGCUUUUAUUAGUUUAAAAACUGUGUUUUUCACUUGUCAUCUUUGCUUUUGCUGUCGUUUUCUCAGCUCUGGUAAUACAUCAAAUGAACACAAGAGGUCAGACACGCUGCCAUUCUGGUGUCUCGCUUCAGGAGCAGAUUAAUGUUUGGUGUAUUGGGUGGAUUGUUUCUCAUUAGUCGGCUCACUCAGCCAGAGACAUUGUCCUCUCUCUUUAAGUCACGAAUGCUUUUCUCUCUAUAAAGAAAUAUGAAGUUCA